GCCGUUGUGUGGGAGCCUGCAGCCGGGGGCUGUCCACCGCGCAGGUGCCAGGGCGGGGGAUUUGCACCGGAGCGGGGGGCCCGUACGUCUGAGCAUGCGCACUGCCUUCGCUUGAUAUGCCUUUGAGCUGAGGACAGAUAUAAAUUUCCUGGCUACAAGGAAGCUGAGGGAAAAGAAAACUACAUGGCUUUGAGGCUUGGAACCAUAUAUAAAGUGAUCUUCGGCACAGUGGUAUCAGUGACUCGAGUGAGAAAGAUUUGUUUUGUAUGAAGGUCUCCACACCAGUGUCAUAUAGCUUAAGUGGAACAUCAAAGCAGAGAAAGUUAGGGCCAAACGUUCACACCAAGAUCUUGCAAAGUGACGUGGGAGUGCUGGGAUUUGACUGACAGUAGCCACCACACGAUGGAAGGAAAGCCCCUCGAUAUCCCUGUGGACAUACCUGUCUCCAAGGGUGUGCAGAAGAGCAGACCUGAUCGAGAGGGCCUGUUGCCCUGCACGCUCUGCGGGAAGGUGUUCGCCUACCAGUCCCUGUUGCGCCGCCACUGGCUGGCGCACACCGAGAUCCGGCCCUUCAUCUGCAACAUCUGCGGCAAGACCUACAAGAGUCACCAGGACUGCACGCGGCACCAGCGAAUCCACACCGAGGAGACAAGUGUGGCCUGCCCCGAGUGUGGCAAGGCCUUCACCCACUUCUCGCACCUGCAGGCGCACCUGCGCACCCACACCGGCGAGCGGCCCUUCCCCUGCCCCGAGUGCGGCAAGGCCUUCGGCCACUCCUCCCACCUGCAGAGGCACCAGCGCACCCACACCGACGAGCGGCCCUACGCUUGUCCUGACUGCGGAAAAGCCUUCGGCCACUCCUCCCACCUGCAGAGGCACCAGCGUGCCCACAGCUGUCAGCAGCCCUUCUCCUGCCCCGACUGCGGCAAGACGUUUGGCCGCUCCUCUCACCUGCAGGCACACCAGCGCACCCACACCUGCGAGCGGCCCUUCUCCUGCCCCGACUGCGGAAAGGCCUUCGUCCAGUCUGCCCACCUCCUGGAGCACCAGCGGGUUCACACCGGGGAGAAGCCCUUCGUCUGCCCUCUCUGCGGGAAGAGCUUUGCCCGGUCGUCACAGCUCCAUGCGCACCGACGGACCCACACAGGGGAGAGGCCCUACCCCUGUCCAGACUGCGGGAAGUGCUUUAGCACAGCUUCAAUCUUACUUCAGCACAGGCAGGUCCACACCGAGGAGCGGCCCUUCCCCUGCCCCGACUGCGGCAAGGCCUUCAAGAGCCCCGUGCAUCUGAAGCAGCACCACGUGAUCCACGGUGGGGAGAGGCCCUUCUCCUGCACCGUCUGCGGGAAGGCCUUCGUCCGAUACUCCAACCUACAGGCCCACCAGCGGCUGCACUUGAGGGAGAAGAAAUUCGCUUGUCCCGAGUGUGGCAAGGUCUUCCCCCACACCACGAACCUGCUGGCGCACCGUCGCGCCCACGCCGGCAAGCGGCCCUUCGCCUGCCCCGAGUGCGCCAAGACCUUCGUCUACGCCUCGCACCUGCUGGCGCACCGGCGCACCCACACCGGCGAGCGGCCCUUCUCCUGCCCCGACUGCGGCAAGGCCUUCACCCACUCCUCACAUCUGCAGGCCCACCGGAGAGUCCACACCGGGGAGAAGCCCUUCGCCUGCCCCGUCUGCGGGAAGUGCUUCACGUGGUCGUGGCAGAUGCAGAAUCACCAGCGGACUCACACGGAGUAGAGCGGCUACGCUCGUCCCGACUGGGGGUGGGUGGGUCUCCCGGUACAGCAGCCCUCCCUUGGACACUGUGUGUGUCUGGAAUCUCUGUGUCCAUGGGUCGUAUCCAGCAUUCCACAAAGGUAAAUCAGUUCCACAAGUCGGCUGGGGAUGGAAUCUGUGGCUGGGGGAGGUGAAGGGGAUGUGAUGCAACUGUAAAUUGGUUUCUCAAGGCCGCCGCGCGUGCACAGGUGUGUGGCGGUGAACUUUCUCCAGAGGGUGAAAUGGAGUCUGUAUAAUUGCAGUUGGCGGUCACAGUACAGGCCAUUCAGCCCAUGCCCACUCCUUUCUGGCUACGCCUUGUCCACACUCCUCCACUCCCUGCCUACCUGAGGGUAUCUUCAACUCCACUUGUAUCUGCUACCAUUCAGGGACCUGCCUCUCAGUGCAAAAAAAAUCUAAACUUCGCCCCAUACGUCACCUAUGAACCUGCCCCUUUACACCUCGACCCCGAGGCCUCUCCUACUAGACGUUUCCAUCCUGGGAAAAAAGCCGGCUGUCUGUGACUCUCAUAUUCUGACAAACUUCUAUCAGGUUUCAUCGCGGCCUCUGUCGUUCCAGAGAAACUAACACAGUUUUUUCCCAAUCUCUGCUCGUAGCUCACACCCUCUAAACCAGGCAGCAUCCUGGUGAACCUCCUCUGCCCCCCUCCAAAGUCUCCACCUCCCUCCUGGUUCGAGAGGACCGCAGUCCGAGUCUCAGGAUUUGGAUCCAGGCUGGGAUACUGGGGGGGGUAGGAGAGGUGUUGGUUUUGGGAGGUGCCGUUGGAUUGGCCCGGACGGUAUCUGAGGUGUGUUUUGUAAAUGUUAGUUGUGGGCAUUGGUGAAACUCUGGGCCGUGUUUUCGUGUUGUAAAUCAGUGUUCUUUCAGAUCCCCUUUAGGACAUAAACGUAGAACACACAGAGUACAGAACUCUGCUGACAUAUGAACCGACUCUGAGACCAAUCUGAAAUUUCCCCCAUUGUUCACUCAUUCUAAUUGCUAUCAAAGAGAAUCGUAAAUGUCCCCAGCAUAUCUGCCUGAACCAACCCUGGUAGCGUGAUUCACGAACCCACCAGUCUCUGUGUAAAAAAAACCUACUCUAACACCCACCCCUAAUACUUUCUAACAAUCUUCUUAAAAUAUGUCCUCUUUUAGCCAUUUGCACUCUUGAACAAUGUCCUUUGCUGUGCCUCUUUCCUUAUAAGGUCAUAAGAGAUAGGAGCAGCAUUAGAUCAUUCAGCCCAUCAGGUCUGUUCCAGCUUUCAUCAUGGCAGAUCCAUUUCCCUCUCGGCCCCAAUCUCCUGCCUCCUCUCUGUAACUUUUCUUGGCCUGACUCAUCAAGCACCUUAAAUAUGCAGAAAGACUUGGACUUCACAGCUGCCUGUGGCAAUGAGUUCCACAGACUCACCAGUCAAAGAAAUUCCUCCUCCUCUCCAUUCUAAGUGGAUGGCCCUCUAUUCAGCGAUAUAUUCCUCUGGUCCUAGACUCCCCGACUAUAGGAAUCAUCCACUAUCAGGGCCUUUCAACACUCGAUCGGAGUCGAUGAGAUCCCACCUCGUACUUCUGAAUCGCAGUGUGUACUGGCCCAGAGCCAUAAAUCACGCCUUUCGUUCCUGGAAUCAUUUUUGUAAACCUCCAUUGAACCCUCUCCAAUGUCAGCACGUCUUUUCUUAAAUAAAGGAACCGAACCUGCUCACUACUCACCAGCGCCCUAUAAAGCCUCAGCAUCGCAUGCUUGCUUUUACGUUCCGGACCUCUUGAAAUGAACGCUAACGUUGCAUUUGCCUUCUUCGCCCUCAACUCAACCUGCAAAUUAAUCUUCAGGGAAUCCUGCACGAGGACUUCCAAGUCCCUUUGCAGCUCGGAACUUUGAUUUUUCUUUCUGUAUUCCUUCUGCCACUUCUUUGCCUAUUCUCCUAAUCUGUCCACGUCCUCCUGUUUAUCUUCAUUUUGGCCACAAUGCCACCAAUUCCGUCAUCCGAAUCAUUGAUAUAUAAUGUAAAAAGAGGCGGUCCCAAUACCGACCCUGUGGAACACCACUUGUCACCGGCAGCCAAUCAGAAAAGGCUCCUUUUAUUCCCACUCUUUGCCUCCUGCCGACCAGCCAAUGCUCUAUCUAUGCCAGUAUCUUUCCUGUAGUACCAUGGGCUCUCAUUAAGCAGCCUCACGUGUGGCACACUGUCAAAGGCCUUCUGAAAAUCCAAGUACACAACAUCAACCGACUCUCUUUUGUUUAUCCUGGUUGUUAUUUCUUCAAAGAAUUCCAAUAGAUUUAGACACUAAGACAUAGGAGCAGAAUUAGGCCAUUUGGCCCAUCGAGUCUGAUCUGCCAUUCAAUUAUGGCUGAUCCUUUUUUUCUCCUCCUCAACCUUAGUUCCCGGCCUUCUCCCCGUAACCUUUGAUGUCAUGUCCAAUCAGGAACCUAUCAAGAUCUGCCUUAAAUACACCCAAUGACCUGGCCUCCACAGACGCAUGUGGCAACAAAUUCCACAAAUUCACCACCCUUUGGCUAAACAAAUUUCUCCGCAACUCUGUCGUGAAAGGGAGCCCUCUAUCCUGAGGUUGUGUCCUCUCGUCCUAGACUCCCCCACCGUGGGAAAUAUCCUUUCCACACCUACUCUAUCUAGGCCUUUUAACAUUUGAAAGGUUUCAAUGAGAUCACCCCUCAUCCUUCUGAAUUCCAGCAGGUACAGACCCAGAGACAUCAAACGAUCCUCGUAUAAUAACCCUUUCAUUCCUGGAAUCAUCCUUGUGAACCUCCUGUGGACCCUCUCCAAUGCUAACACGUCUUUUCUAAGAUGAGGGGCCCAAAACUGCUCACAAUACUAAAGGUGAGGUCUCACCAGUGCCUUAUAAAGCCUCAGCAUCACAUCCCUGCUCUUGUAUUCUAGACCUCUUGAAAUGAAUGCUAACAUUGCAUUUGCCUUCCUCACCACUGACACAACCUGCACGUUAACCUUCAGGGUGUUCUGUACAAGGACUCCCAAGUCCCUCUGCAUCUCAGAUUCCUGGAUUUUCUCCCCAUUUAGAAAAUAUCCUGCACAUUUAUUUCUACUACCAAAAUGCAUGACCAGGCAUUUUCCAACAUUGCAUUUCAUUUGCCACUUUCUUGCCCAUUCUCCUAAUCUGUCCAAGCCCUUCUGCACCCUACCUGUUCCCUCAACACUACCUGCCCCUCCACCAAUCUUCAUAUCAUCUGUAAACCUCGUGACAAAUUCAUCUAUUCCAUCAUCUAUAUCAUUUAUAUACAGCACAAAAAGUGUUCCCAACACCAGCCCCUGUGAAAUACCACUAGUCUCUGGCAGCCAACCAGGAAAAGGAUCCUUUUAUUCCCACUCGCUGCAUCCUACCGAUCAGCCAAUGCUCUAAUCAUGUUAGUAACUUUCCUCUAAUACCAUGGGCUCUUAACUUGGUAAGCAGCCUCAUAUGUGGCACCUUGUCAAACUCCUUCUGAAAGUCCAAAUAUACAACAUUCACUGAAUCAUCCCCUUUAUCUAUCCUACUUCUAAUCUGCUCAAAGAAUUCCAACAGGAUUGUCAAGCAGGAUUUUCCCUGAAGGAAACGAUGCUGACUUUGUACUAUCUUGUUCAUGUUGCCAAGUACUCCAUCACCUCAUCCUUAACAAUUGACUCUAACAUCUUCCCAACCACUAAGGUCCAUAAUUUCCUUUCUGCUGCCUUCCUCCUUUCUCAAAGAGUGGAGUGACAGUUGCAAUUUUCCAGUCCUCUGGCACCAUGCCGGAGUCAAAUGAUUUCUGAAAGAUUAUUCCUAAUGCCACUGCAAUCUCUAACACUACCUCUUUCAGAAACAUAGGAUGUAGUUCAUCUGGUCCGGGUGACUUACGUACCUUUAGGUCUUUCAGCUUUUUGAGCACCUUCUCUCUUGUAAUUGUAACUUCACACAC